AUGAAGAGUUGUAUGCAGUCUCCCUAUCAAUUCCUGUGAGCUCCUCCCUAAACCUUCUCUCCUCUGACUAAACACAGCACCCAUGUGUUUAUUAUUAAAGAUGUACCUGUGGCCUCCAGCAAUCAUUUGUGCUGUUAUGUUGGGGUUGUCAAAGGCUGAUAAAGUCUUACAGAAUCCGUUUCUUUCAGUUCAGUAUGGAGAAAAGGUCACUUUAAAUUGUACGUAUGAAACAAUAGACAGCAACCCAUACCUGCACUGGUAUAUCCAACGGCCGGAAGAGAGACCCCACUUUAUCCUACACAGGCAUCAGUUUAUCAAGGUAGAGGAUGAACCUGGGGGAAAGUAUUCUGCUAAACUGAACAAAGAGAGCAAAUCCACUGAGCUGAGGAUCUCUGGUGUCAGUGAGUCUGACUCUGGGCUGUAUUAUUGUGCUCUGAGCCCUGGGAUGAUGUUUGGUUUAGGUACAACACUGAAUGUCAUGCCCAACAUUAAAGAUACUGAACCUUCAGUGUAUCGCCUCAAAGCUGAUAAGAAUGUAGAAGGAGUUCCUAAAUCCGUGUGUCUGGCCACUGAUUUCCCAGUUCUUAAAAAUGAAACAGAGCUCAAACUGAAUACAGAAAAGGUGAACAAAGAUGAAAGGCUAUGGUUGGACAAAACAGAAGACAACACAUGGAGAUAUAGUACAGUCAUAUUGAACAGUGAUUGCAGAGUGGAAUAUGACGACAAAACAAUUUUGGAAAAACCUUCAGCAGGGAAAAUAGAAUGUUCAUCGCCAAAAAUUGAUGAGACUUUUAAAACAGAUGAAAGACUGAAUACAUUAUCUCUUAGAAUGCUUGGACUGAGGUUCUUAACCAUAAAAGCCAUAGUGUUCAAUAUCAUAAUAACCCUACGACUCUGGUCAUCUUAAGGAAUUUAUUUUUGUGACUCAGAACCCACCUUCAUAUAUGAAAGUUCUUUUCUUCUCACUUUGAAUCUUUAAUCGUGUUUCUUGAUCUGAAGAUUUUCCUACACUGCCAAUCUCUCAUCUAAAAGACAACAAUUGUUUUAAAAGCAUGAACAAGGCAUGAUGGAUUUAGUUGUAACAUACAUUGUCUAUGCCGUAGCAGUGCAUUAACAUUAAAUGCAGUUGUCUCCUUUUUGUAUAUAGCAAAGUCUUAGCUAAGUAAAAAUGUAAUAAUAUGCAAGUUUAGUAUAAAAUUAAAUUGAUUAAAAUUCACUUUCUGCUGUUCUAUUGUUAACAGAUUAACCAUUAUGAUGCACUUUAAUGCAUAUUACAUUAAAAAUAUUACAUUUUAGUCUCAAUAGAAAUAUAAUUACGAAUUGUAAUUGUUUUGUCAUUCUUGAUUUUUUUAUGAUUUCAAGUUAGUUCUAACAAACUUUACUGUACAUUAAAGUGUAAUACAUAAUAUGUAUUCCCAUUUUGCAAUGUAGAAAUGCUUCAAAUAUCUUCUAUUAAAAUUUUCAUAAAUGGCAAA